CAAAGAAACAAACAGGGGAAAUUAAAGAUGAUAAUUACACGAGGAGGGGAGUUGGGAUGGCAGAGGAAGCCGUAUGGGAGUAAUGAUCCAGCAGCUGGGAAAGGAAAAUGAAACAAGAGACGAAGAAACAUAUGAAUAUCCCCACCGCCCGACACAACCUCGGUCCCAUCAUGCACAUCAACACGAACAAUAUCUUGGUCGACAUCACCAGAAACAUGGACAUGAAACUUAUGGGAACCUGCGAUCAAACACCAAGGAGCUUGCUCUCGAUCGCCUGGGCGCCUGCCUAUGCUUCAGAAUGCAGAGGCAUGAGAAUUGAGGAGAAGAAAGACCCACGUGAUCGCAUCACACAAACUGAAGACAGCCAUAAUCAUCAUUGUUUAUGCCUUAUGGACUUAACAACGGAGCCGGGCGAGAAUGAGAGAGCGCUGUGAUUUGUGAUGUGAUGCCUCCUCCUAUAUACCCUUCAUUUGUUUCC